AAACUGUGACCGGAUGUGGUUUUCUGUGCGCAGAAAGCUAACAACCUGAACUUCCGUUACAGUUUUGUUGCAGGGAACUCCUCCUGAGCUGCGCUCUCAACAAACAAGCAAUCUUGGAGCUAUCUAAACGGCCUGAACAUGUUGUCCUACAUCAUCGGGGUGAUCCGAGGCGGCUUUGACAGCAUCGUCAACCUCAUCUUCAGACUGUUCUUCUCCAAGAGGAGACUUGCCAUCACCUUGGAGGACCCCAACAUUAAAUAUGCGCUAAGGCUCAUUGACAAACAGAUUGUGAGUCAUGACACAAGGAAGUUCCGCUUUGCUCUGCCUUCUCCUAAACACGUCCUCGGCCUUCCGAUUGGGCAGCACAUCUAUUUGUCUGCAAAAAUAAACGGGCAGCUCGUCGUCCGUCCGUACACACCCGUCUCCAGCGAUGACGACAAAGGCUUUGUGGACCUGGUGGUGAAGAUUUAUUUCAAAAGUGUAAAUCCUAAAUUCCCAGAAGGUGGGAAGAUGAGUCAGUAUUUGGAGAGCCUCAAGAUCGGCGACACAAUUGAAUUCAGAGGACCCAGUGGUCUUCUUGUCUACAAAGGCAAAGGUGUUUUUGCCAUUCAGCCAGAUAAGAAGUCUCCAGCUGUGACCAAGACGGCCAAACAUGUGGGCAUGAUCGCUGGAGGAACAGGGAUCACCCCCAUGCUGCAACUCAUCACCGCAGUCACAAAGGAUCCUCAGGACCAAACAGUGUGUCACCUGCUGUUUGCCAACCAGACUGAGAAGGACAUCCUGCUGAAAGAUGAACUGGAAGAGAUUCAAGCCAACCAUCCAGACCGAUUCAAGCUGUGGUACACAGUGGACAGAGCGCCUGAAAACUGGGAGUUCAGUCAGGGCUUCAUCAACGAAGACAUGUUGAAGGAACAUCUCCCACCUCCUGGUGAUGACACACUCAUCCUGAUGUGUGGGCCUCCACCCAUGAUCCAGUUCGCCUGCAACCCCAACUUAGACAAAGCGGGCUACUCCCCCAGCCGCAGGUUUGCCUUCUAGACAACCUUCCACUUGGAGGAAGAGAGGUUUGGAUGUUUAAGGGCCUCAUAUUGUUUCUGCCCUUAAAGCACUAAAGCAGAGGGAUUUGCACAGUUUAAACUUUAUUUAUGGAAAACAAUCACAGCUAGGACCAAACCACGGGAGUUUGACGGGCCAGGAAGUUGUGAAUAAUGGUGAGAUGGGAUUUUUCAGAUCGGUGUUUGGUGUAAAAUGUGUUCAGAGACGUUUGAACAAACUUGCUUUGGCUUCAAAUCAGCAAAGUUAAGGUUCAUCAAGUGCCUUAAAAAAAAACUGCAGAACUUGGUUUUGUUUUUUUUAAAGGUCAGCACUGCUUCUUUCAUUGCUAUUGAAUGCCACCCAGUUAAACCUGCUGUUUACUGAAGAUGUCAGUUUUAUCCUAAAUGUUACAUGAAGUAAAUCUGGCUGCAGCAGUUGCUUGUAUUAAUAUGGAACAUAAAAAUCUUGCUACCAAA